GUUAGUGCUGAAGGGUGUGAUUGAGGUAGAUCAUGGCUAUGGCGAUUCGAAAGUCCAAUGUGAUCGAGGUCUUAGUAAUGUCGAUAAUGCUAAUGUUGGUUACGAUGAGUUCACUAGUAAAAGCAGAAACCAUUCGUCCCAUUUCUCAUUACAAUCGCACUAGCUUUCCUCGUGAUUUCGUAUUUGGAACUGCUUCCUCCGCUUAUCAAUUUGAAGGUGCCACAAAGGAAGAUGGGAAAGGUCCAAACAUAUACGAUAUUUUUACCCACAAGUUUCCAGAGAAAAUUCUGGAUAGAAGCAAUGGAGACGUAGCUGAUGACUUUUAUCAUCGCUAUAAGGGAGACGUGGAGCUCAUGAAUAUUAUUGGAAUGAAUGCUUUCAGAUUUUCUAUCUCAUGGGCUAGAAUAUUACCUCGAGGCAAGCUCAGUGGAGGAGUAAACAAAGCCGGCAUAACAUUCUACAACAACCUCAUCAACCAACUACUAUCUACAGGAAUCCAGCCCUUUGUAACAAUAUUUCAUUGGGAUCUUCCACAAGCUCUUGAAGAUGAAUAUGGCGGUUUUCUUAGCCCUCACAUUGUCGACGAUUUUAAGGAUUUUGCGGAGCUAUGUUUUAAGGAAUUUGGAGAUAGGGUUAAACAUUGGAUAACGAUGAAUGAGCCGUGGGCUUACAGUUACGGCGGGUACGAUGGAGGUCUGAUCGCACCUGGACGUUGCUCUGCAUGGAUGAACGCGGGUUGUCCAGCUGGCGACUCUGGCACCGAGCCUUAUAUUGUGUCUCAUAAUCUCAUCAUUUCCCAUGCAGCCGCAGUCAAAGUUUAUAAGGACAAAUAUCAGGGUUACCAAAAGGGGCAGAUAGGGAUAACUUUGGUGUGUUUUUGGGCACAUCCCUUUUCCAACACCAAAGCUGACAAGGAAGCUGCUCAAAGGGCUAUAGAUUUUAUGUAUGGUUGGUUUAUCAAUCCAAUAGUACACGGAAAAUACCCGAAUAUCAUGAAAAAACUAUUAGGAAAAAGACUACCAACAUUUACACAAGAACAAGUGAAAUUGAUAAAAGGAUCAUAUGAUUUCAUUGGCCUUAAUUACUAUAUAACAAGAUAUGCAAUAAAUGUACCUUCAGCCAAUUCUGUCAACCUUAGCUACACAACUGAUGCUCAAGUUAAUUUCACAACCAGUCGCAAUGGAAUAUCCAUCGGAAAGCCGACAGGAGUGCCUGGAUUUUACGUUUACCCAAAAGGCCUUACUGAGUUAUUAAUUUAUACCAAGGAAAAGUACAAUGAUCCUAUUAUUUACAUAACAGAGAAUGGAAUGGGAGAUCAAAAUAAUGAGACAACAAAAGAAGGUAUUAAGGAUCCUCAAAGAAUAUCUUUCUAUCAACGGCAUCUUGUGGCCGUUGAAAAUGCAAUCAAAGAUGGUGUUAAUGUAAAAGGAUUUUUUUGUUGGGCAUUAAUGGACAACUUUGAAUGGAAUUCUGGUUACACCAUGAGAUUUGGACUUGUUUAUGUCGAUUAUAAAGAUGGUCUCAAAAGAUAUCUCAAGUCUUCCGCUCUUUGGUUUAAGAAGUUCCUACUCAAAUGAGAUUCAGACCCUCUUUUCUAAAUGGUGGAAUUUUACAUUCCAUUUCAAUAAUAAAUUCUACUUCAAUUAAUAAGAUUUUCUUUCAUGGAGAAUCACCUUCCCUAGAUUCCUAAAUAAAAAAGAAAAAU